GUUGUCAAGCUUCACUUUAACUCCAGUUAAACCUAAUAAUCAGUGAGUCUCUGACGUGCAGUCACUUAAAGACAUGGAGUUCUCAACGGAUUCAGAGAAACAGCAGCUGAUCGAGACUCACUUGGAGCAUCUUAUAUGGACGAGUCCUCCAGAAGAAAAGUAUUCAGGCUCAGAGUUCAGUGAAGAAACCUCCAGUGUGGAUGGUUCGUGGGAGUCUGAUUGGUUUUGUCAGGAGACGACUGGGAUGUCUGAAAGUCAGACGAGACGUUCGGCCAGAAAGAAACUCUACGUGGCCUGUGCUGUCAGCCUCGUGUUCAUGACCGGAGAGCUGAUUGGUGGAUACGCUGCUCACAGUCUGGCCAUCAUGACGGACGCAGCUCAUCUUCUGACCGACUUCGGCAGCAUCGUGGUCAGCAUCUUCUCUCUGUGGAUCUCGUCCAGGCCUCAGACACAAAACAUGACCUUUGGAUGGCAUCGAGCAGAGAUUCUGGGCAUGCUGCUGUCCAUCGUGUCCAUCUGGGCUGUGACGGUAGUCCUGGUCUUAUCGGCCGUCCAGAGGAUCACGGAUGGAGACUAUGACAUCGACAGUCAGAUUAUGCUCGUAACUUCAGGCUGUGCUGUCGGGGUCAACGUCCUGAUGGUCCUGAUCCUGCAUCAGUCUGGCGCCUCACAUGGCCACAGCCACGGGUUUCCCACCGUCCGGACGCACCAAGACAAACAGCAUCACGGUCACGGUCAUGGAAACGCGAGUGUGAAGGCUGCUUUCAUCCACGUGGUGGGAGAUCUGCUGCAGAGCGUCGGCGUCCUGCUGGCUGCAACCAUCAUCCACUUCUGGCCUGAAUAUAAAGUCGCGGAUCCGAUUUGCACCUUCCUGUUCUCGGUUCUGGUUGUUGCGACAACAUUUCCGGUCACGAAGGACGUUUUCAGGAUCCUGAUGGAAGGAGUCCCUCAGGAUCUGAGCUUCAGCGCUGUCAAAGAUCUGCUGCUGUCUGUCAGAGGAGUCGCUGCUGUUCACGGUUUACACAUGUGGAGCAUCAACAUGAGUCAGUCUCUGCUUUCAGUCCACGUGGCUGCAGAAGAAGAUUCUGAUUCCCAGAUGAUCCUCAGGAAGGCGACAAAGCUGCUGAGAUCCGAGUUCGGUUUUUCCAGCAUCACGAUUCAAGUGGAGCGAUGCAGGAUUUCUGCUGACAGCCUUGAAGCUGUAAGAUGAGUCCAGACCAGACUAAUGACUGGAAAAGAAACGAAUGAGGAAAAGAGUUCCUCAAGAAAUGGUUGCUGCAGUGGAACAGCCUCUGACUCGAAUGUUUUUAAGCAGCAGCGACGUUUUACAGCAGGACUGUUUUCCAGCUACACACUGCAGAAAGUAGUCAGACUCCGUCACUUUUUGCAAGUUUUAUUAAAUUAAAAUAAUAAAGUUUGCAUUCUUAGUUUAAUCUACUCCUAACUACCCAACAUGACAUAUUUAUUGAUAUUAUUGUUUUGUGGAUUUUUUGAAAGAAAGAAACUGAAAACUUGGUGGCUCCGUCCAUCUUUUAUAUACAAUCUAUGAUCUGAAUGCUUUUGAGGAGAAAUUUCAGUUUUACAUUUUUAAUAAAUUAGCAUAAAUUUCCAAAACUGUGGUUUUACUUUGUUAUUGUAAGUUAUUAAUUGUAGACUGAUGUGAAAAAAGUCAGUUUUUCUAUCUAAAACGAAACCUACAACACAGUAAAGUGUGAAAAAGUGACAGGGUCUGACUACUUUCUGGAGUUUCUGGUUCAUGUUUUGAUUGCAGGAGUGCAGUACUAUAAAGCCAGCUGCUUUAACAUUUAAUUACAUGUAUCUGAUGCAGAUACACAUAAUUACAUUCAAGCUAGUUAAGAAGAACAUUACAAAUACCCACAUUGUCAGUUUUCUCAUUACAGAUAUCUAGAAUUCAGCAGCAGAUAUCUGUAAUGAGAAUUGCAGCUAUUACAGCUAAAUUAUAAUUAGCUGUAAAUCCAGUUUUAGGUGUCUACAGUUUAGCUCUGACUAGUCAGAAUUCUAGUUCAGGAUGUUGUUAAGAUAUCUGCAUUGUCCUUUUCAGAUAUCUUAAGUUUGAACUUGUCAGAGCGACAUUAUAGAGGUCUUGAACUGCAAAUCUGCCAAGUGAAAAUGUAAUUACAGAAAUCCUGAAUUAGACUUUUAACUUGGUAAAAUUGCAGAUAUCUGUAAUUACAUGUCGUAGGUUUGCUUCUCAAACUGCAGACAGUUUUACCACCUGCUAGUCAAUUUCAACCACAAGUCUCUGAUGAACGAAGCUAUUUUAUGACAUUUUAAACAAUCUUAUCCACCACAGUUUUGUCUGAAACAGUGUUUAAAUUUGCUGGACAUCCAUGAGCAGCAUCAUACAAGACAACUCAGACCAGUCAUAAUGACAUUUGCGAUGUCUGCAACUAUUAUUUUAACCAGUCAACACUGAAUUACAGAUAUUUCAUUAUCUUUUGACAACAGAUAGAUUCUGGUAUAAAAAUUCAAACUGUGCAACUACAACUAGUCAAAAUGACGUCGCUAAUGUGUGUAAUUUUAUUUGUGGAAGCUAUUAAACGUUAAAACAGGC